GGGUCUCCCGCCAGCAGCUUUUAUGAAUCUGCUUCCACUCAGAGCAGCUCGGAUUCGACCGGCUGGUGAACAGGUGGACGAACAGCAUGCGGAGGAUCCAGACGGUGCUGCUGCUCCUGGUUCUCCGGGCCUGCAGCUCCCAGGCCUGGCUCUGGUUCUCCGGGCCAAAGCCGACACCAGAGACCAGCACUGGGACAACGGCAGGGACGACAGGAGGGACGACAGGAGGGACGACGGAGGCUGUAACUGGGACGACAGGGACAGGAACGGUUACCGGGACGACAGGGACAGGGACGGUUACCGGGACGACGGGGAAGGUGACCGGGACAACAGGUGUCGCCACGACAACCGGCGGCGACGCAAAGCAGAAGGCGGAGGAGGAUGACAAUUUGUCCGGGGUUGGGGAAGAAAUCAUCAACGUGGCGACGGGAAUCCGUAAGUUAGUGGAGGCGUGGGACGCGACGCCGACCACCUGGACUACUAACGGGAGCCUGGGCGAGCAGCCGGAGGGCGCUAACGCUAACACCACAGAAGAGAGCGGCGUCUCUUUGCUGCAGCUGAUCGGAGACCCGCCACCAAACGCGAUCACCAGGGACUAUGGGCCGAGCGGCGAGACUGCCUACGUCUUCACCUCGGCGGCGGCGUCGGGCCAGCCGGCUCUGGCCCACGUCCCCAACCCUUUUUACCGCCACUUUUCCCUCAUCUUUCACAUCAAGCCCUCCAGGUCGGCCGCCUCCGUCCUGUUCUCCAUCACAGACGGACCUCAGAGGCUCAUGUACAUCGGCGUGAAGCUCAGCGCGGUGCAGUCGGGCCGCCAGAAGGUCCAGUUCUUCUACACGGAACCCGACUCCGAGGCGUCGUACGAGGCGGCCAGCUUCACCGUGCCGAGCCUGGUGGACACCUGGAGUCGCUUCUCGCUGGCGGUGUUCGAGGAACAGGUGACCUUCUACCACGGCUGCGACUCGGAGCCUCAGGUGGUGAAGUUCGAGCGCUCGCCGGAUCCCAUGGAGCUCGACAGCGCCGCCGGGAUCUUCGUGGGUCAGGCAGGAGGAGCCGAUGACGACAAGUUCCAGGGUUCCAUCGCGGAGCUGAAGGUGGUGGGAAACCCUCGGGCGGCCGAGCGCUUGUGUGACGACGAGGACGACGCAGACGCUGCGUCUGGCGACUACGGCAGCGGUGAAAGCGACAGGAGGCAGUCGGGACAUUCAGCCAAGACCACCCCGGCAUCCUUCCGUCCGGUGCCCGAGCCGCCGCUGACGUCCUCGCAGGGAUCCAGAGUCAAAGAAUCAGGUCCCGGCGGUGCUAAAGGUGAGAAAGGCGACCGAGGGGAGAAAGGCCUGAGGGGGGACCGAGGCCCCACCGGACCGAAGGGAGAACCGGGCUCUGGCUCUGGUUCUGGUUCCUCUUCUGGGGGUGGAGGACAGAAGGGAGAAAAAGGUGCAAAG